AUGAAGAAACUGGCACGCACGCUGUCUUCGCGCGGCAGCAACCCAAAAUCUCAUCCCCAUCCUCCUCCUCAUCCACCAUCGCCCUCAAGUGGUGUUAACCCUCAUCAUCAAGCGAACCGGGCUCGUGCUCGAACAUCCUCCCUGACGAGCCCGAUCCCGCCUCACACGCAUCUCCAUUUCCCGCAGUGCCCACACACCACUCCCCCGACGCCCCGACCGGCCCGGUUGCCGGCCGUGCUGAGGACCGAGGUCGUCGAGAAUGCCGUCGCGGCAGAUACCCCAGACGCUUCAGGGUUGGGUGGCACCGCGGCGGACACGGACCGCAGCAGGGGUGUCGUAGAAGUGCGGCAAUUCCUGACCACGCCGACGCACUGUCUCGACUGCACGCUCGCGCUGGCCGCGCAGCAUGAAUCCUGGAUCCGAGAGCUCUGCGACGGCGCGGUGCGGGAGGCGAGGUUGAGGCUCGUCGAAUUGAGGUCGGGUCUGGCUGCUGCUGCUGCUCCUGCUGCUGCAGAUGCUCAUGACGACGACGACAAAAAGGAGCAGAUCAAGUUCCAGGCCGAGAUCCAACGUUACGAGCAGCGCAUCGAAGAACACCUGCGCACGCGGGACGGCGAUGUCAAGCAGGUGUGGGACCGCGUGCGUAAGGACUGGGAGGGCGGUGUUCGAGAGGUGGUCAGAGACGACGGCACGGGCGAGGCCGAGGAACGGUGCGUCUUUGUGGUGCCCUGGGAGGCCGAGGGAGAGGUGGUGGAUACGGCGGCUGUGUCUGUCCCUCUCCAGGAAGGGAUCGUGGCGCAAAAGGGGAGUGUGAAGGUUGCGUGGAUACCGAUGGGUGUGAGUGAGAGUCAGUGA